CAAGGGCAAUCAUUCUCAACCUUUUUUCUUCAUCUUGAUUCUUGAUUGAUGUUUACUGAAUUGUUUGUUUUCGUUGAUGAACUGAUGAUAGAUCUAGUGAUAGUCUAAAGAUUCGUAGUAAAAGUAGAAAGUUAGUAGUACAGAGCCAAGGCGCAGUAGGCAGUCUACAGUGUGCCUGCACAAGCGAAAUUCUAGUCAUAACUUGUUGCAGUCCCGUGUCUGUAUUGUGUCUUUCCUUGCAGUCAAAAGGACGUCGAGAGGAACAGGGGCCGUGACGACAUAACAUAGAUUAUUAGAUGAGGGCCUAGAGGAUCUAGAUUUCUAGAUCUAUGACAUGAAGCUGGAUCUCUACAAAAGACAUUCAAAUUCAAAAGAGUCAAAAAGCGUACAGCUUAGACUGAAAAACAUUCUUUUACUAGAAUCUAGAUUCUAGCUUUACUCAACAACAUGAAUGAAAUGGUAGUGUUCGUGGGCAACCACUGCUCGAUCAAUCCUGAUAUUUAUGAGUUGUGGUUAAAGGGUUUCACAGUGAGUGAAGCUGCAAGAGUGGAGCAGAACAAAGUGAACCUGAAAACGCUUGGUGCAACAUAUGAUGACUUGAUGAGUGAUGUGGUAGACAAUUUCAGACUUUUUCAUGGAUUGGAAGAAAUGCUUAAAACCCCACCUCGACUUAGUCACCAGCUGGUAUACCAGUUCAGUUCUGACACCAUCAACAUGCUGAUACAAAGGUAUUAUAGCUUUGAUGCCUCAGUGAUACGUGAAAUCUUUGGUCGCAAACUCACAUCAAAGAAUCGCAAAGAUCUUGAUGACAUUAGCGAGGAAACAGGAGUUUCUGUCAAGAGUUGUAGACGCCAAUUUGACAAUGUUAAGCGGGUCUUCAAGACUGUGGAUGAGCUGAGUGGCAGACUGGUCGAUAACAUCCAAAGUCACUAUUGCUUAAGUCAAGAUCUUGCAAAGGCGUAUGCAGCUAUUGUGUUCAUCACCAAUAACAGAUUUGAGACGGGCAAGAAAAAACUGAACUACUUGACUUUUGAUGACUUUGCCAUUUGUGCAAAUCACAUGAUUUCUAAUUGGUCCUACAGCUCAGAAGAUUGUCAGACUCAUGAAGACAUGGAUGUGGACAUGGACAGAGACUUUUUACUGGACCUGAGGGAGCUGAAAGUUCUCAUGGAAAGAGAAUAUGCGGAGGAACAUAGAGGGUUGAUGUUGCGAGCAUUACAGCCUGUGAUGCGUGAAAAAGUCCUGUCAGAAAUGGACUCUAAUUUCAGGGCUGUAUCAAAGACAAUCAUAAGUAUCGCCAAUGGCUUGAACCACAGUAAAGAAUCAAGAGAUAUUUUCAUUGACAUAUAUGAAAAGCUGAUUGAGCAAUGGAUACAGUGGCAGUGGUCGAAGAAUGAUGCCCAGUCCUUCCUCCUUGCUUUCAAGGACACAUCUCUACAGCUGGAUUUGUUCAGAUCAUCACCAAAACUGGUAAAAGUAUGGGAGCGUUACAUGGGAACAUUUUGUCUGUGUGUGCUGCAAAUGUACCCAAGCUGACACUGACGAAUCUGUGGAAGGAACUGAGGCAAAGACUAUCGCAUUCAGAAUCAAAUCCAUCCCUGGCUCUCCUUCAAAUGCAAAGUGUAGACUGCAAAAGUUGUUUGUGUGGACAACAGUUUGAAAUUGAUCUCCUGUGUCUGCUGCCAAGGAGCAAUUAUUGAUAUCAUGAAUGGUUAGAAUGAUAGCUGAGGCAUUGUGAGUACUGCUGUGUCAAGCCAGAAAUCAAAUCGGAGACAAAAAAGUAGAGACGCGUCACUCCUCGAUUUAGGCGAGAUUGGGGUCAGGCAUCUGGUGAAAGUUUCACGCCGUACAACUAAUUAGUUUGUUCCUCACAACCGAGGAAUCACCUUAUUGUUUUCAUAGUAAAUUAAGCAAGAGGGUUUGUCUGAAUGGGUUUUAAACACCAUUUCUCUAUCUUUACCGUCACGUCAUACCAACAUCCACACAUUGAUUGAGUCAGAACAUUUUAGUAAUUCUAGUCAAUGUUUUGAUUAAAAUUUCAACACAUACCUUACUGCAUAUUUCCUCUCGGUCAGUAUAAUUAUUGACCUGUCUUGGUCACGUCCCCACUCCUUAUUCCUGGCCUGCAUCUCAUUGCAUUAGUGCGCACAAUACGCCAAA